GCAAACAAAGCCUAUAAGCAAGCAUUGCAUACGCUCGCAGGAUUAAACGCAUACCCUCCUCAAUAUACACCAGGCAUUCUCGACGUCCAACCCAAUUCUCUUCUCUCUACACUGUUUCCAAAUCAACAAGGUCCCAUUGCAAGUACGAUCCGUAUCAUUUACAAGCUACGACAUCAAUCUUGGUUACCACGAUUUCUAAGCCGAAGGCUCGGUCAGGAUGGAGGGGUGAGGAAGAGUGAAAGGGAGAUGCAGGGGAGAGCGUUGAAAGUCGUCGAUCUGCUAGAACAUGCAGUUGAGUUGGGCCACACGGAUGCUUUAUAUAAGCUUGCGCAUGUUUCUUUGUUCCAUUUAUCUCCAUUAUUACACAACGUCACUCGAGCGUACGAAGCCUAUUCUGCGCAUGCGUCCUUAAUAGGAAAUGCGACUUCGCAGGCCAUGCUUGGAUUCUUCCAUGCAACCGGCUAUAGCAAUAUUGUGGAGGUUGACCAGGCGAAAGCACUGCUAUAUUACACCUUUGCAGCGCACGGCGGGGAUCAGGGAGCACAAAUGGCUCUCGGGUAUCGGCAUUGGGCUGGUAUCAGUGUCAAUGAUGAGUGUAUGCAAGCACUCGAAUGGUAUCAGAUGGCUGCUGAACAAUCGAUGGCGAAGUUCCUUUCCGGCCCACCAGGUGGUCGCACGUUAUUACAUACCGCGACAAGACUCUCGGACCUUGACGGUGGUGCUUUUGGACCGGGUGCAAGUGUCGCAUCUACAGGCCCGAAUGCACAUAGAGCGGUCAUUAAGGCUGCAUCUGCUCGUCAAGCUGGAGAGACUUGGGAGGAUGUACUCGAAUACUACAUGUUCAAUGCAGAUCGCGGCGAGAUCGACUUCGCGUACCGCCUAGGUAAAAUAUUCUACCAAGGCUCGAUAUAUGCGCUUCCCGGUGGGGCCGCAUCCGGGGCAGAAGGUGUUGGUGCAAUCUCUCGGGACUAUGCUCGCGCACGAUCAUAUUUCCUCCGCAUUGCGCGGCACAUAUGGCAACGUGAUACACCAGGUGCACCAACGCCGCCACCAAAGCAAGAAUACAAGGAGGAUGGUACUCUCAGUUUUGCUGCAGCGUCCGCGGGUUUCCUUGGUAGGAUGUACCUACGAGGAGAAGGUGUAAAGCAGGAUCCUGCAAUAGCAAAGAUGUGGUUUGAGCGCGGCGCAGAGUUUGGGGAUAAGGAGUGUCAUAAUGGUCUAGGUAUUAUCCUGCGGGAUGGGCUCGUAGAAGGGAAGAAGGAUAUAAAGAAAGCGAUAGGGCAUUUUAUGAUAGCGGCUAACCAGGAACUUGCGGAAGCGCAGGUGAAUCUCGGGAAGUAUCAGUACCAAAAGGGCGACCUAAAACUCGCAACGACCUACUUCGAAAGCGCCAUCCGUCACGGCUCACCUUUUGAACCAUAUUUCUACCUUGCUGAGAUCCACGCUUCGUCUGCACAGAACCCGGCAAGCCCCCCUCACCACGUUCAAGGUUCCUGUGCCAUGGCAGUUUCCUUUUACAAGCUCGUCGCAGAACGAGGUGCUUGGGCAGAUGACCCAGUUCGUGAAGGUGAAGCUAGGUGGAAAUUAGGCAUGGAAAGAGCGAAGGAAGAUGCCAUGCUUAGAUGGUGGAUUGCGUCCGAGAGGGGAAUAGAGCCUGCGCAGAAUAACUUGGCGUAUAUCCUUGAUCAAGAUAAGAGCAUUCUACGCUUCACACGCUUUGCGCCGUUUUCACCUUCCAACACAACUGCGCGUCUCGCACUCACGCAAUGGAUGCGGUCUGCAUACCAACGUAACAUCGACGCGCUGGUCAAAGUUGGGGAUUACUACUUCCAUGGUUUUGGCAUUUCCGAUGAGGAGAAGAAGAAAAGAUGGGAAAGGGCAGCAGCGUUUUAUCAGAGUGCUGUUGAUACCCAAGUGAGUGCGAUGGCGAUGUGGAACUUAGGGUGGAUGUAUGAGAAUGGUGUCGGUGUUCCGCAGGAUUUCCACCUCGCGAAACGCCAUUACGACUUAGCCCUUGAGACGAAUAGCGAAGCCUAUCUCCCAGUAGUACUCUCAUUAAUCAAGCUGCACGUUCGAAGUUUCUGGCAUACCCUCACAGGAGGCCAGAACGGAUUAUCCCUCUGGCCUGAGGAAGGUACGUAA